AUGGACGACAAAUCAUCGUCGACAGCCGCAGUUCACCAGAACAAGCAGGCAAUCGGCCAGAAUGAAACCGAUCGGAUACAGCAACAUGAUGGCCUUUAUCAGAUCAUCAGCGCCAUUGACGAGAAAGACGCAAAAGACCGGUACCGCGAGGAGGCAGCCGACAACACCGUCGGCGAACGAAUACAGCUGGACGACGACGGCACCAAAAGGCCCGAAGACAACCAGCAGACACCGAGCCUGUCCAACAGCGAGAACGAGACCCUGAUCGUGGCCUGGGAGGAGAAUGACCCGGAGAACCCCUACAACUGGUCCAAGACGCGGAAAAUCAUCCUCCUCAUCACAACCAUGACGUCCAUCAUCAACAGCACAAUGGGCAGCGCGCUUCCUAGCAACGCUGUGCCCUACAUGGCGAAGGAGUGGGGCGUGACGUCGUCCACGCAAAUGGUGCUGCCCGUGUCGACGUACCUGGUCGGCUACAUUCUGGGGCCUCUCGUGUGGGCGCCGCUCAGUGAGCAGUACGGCCGCCGCGCACUGGUUCUUGUGACGUUUGUUUCUUCAUGA